AUCAUAGCACAGUGAAACAAGCUCUGUCGUUUGUCAGUAGGACAUAGUCUGCCACACUGAUUAUUUCCAAUACUGUUCUAAACAGGAAGAAUGUCAACAGCAACAUUUGGAACAUGGGAUUACUUUGUUUUCGGGCUGAUGCUGGCUGCUUCUGUCAGUAUCGGGAUAUACUACGCCAUAAUGGCCAGUAAGCGACGUAGUACAUCUGAAUAUUUCAUCGCUGGUCAGUCCAUGUCGUUUCUUCCUGUGGCUUUGUCUCUGCUAGCGACAUAUGAAUCGUCGGUGAUGAUGUUGGGGACACCAGCAGAGUCCUAUUCCCAUGGCAUUCAGUGGAUACUCAGUGAAUUAGGAAACGAAACCGGGAUGUUGAUCAACAUUUUCUUAAUUUUAGUUUUUUUAAAGAGACUGAAUUUGUCGACUCCCUUUGAGUAUUUUGAAAGGCGCUUCAAGUCCCGCCCGCUUAGAGUUCUUGCCAAUCUUAUUUCCUGUCUGAGUUUUCUGCAGUACAUGAGUAUUGUACUUUAUGGCCAGGCAAUCGCCCUACAAGCAAUGACUGGGUUUUCUAUGUAUGGAUCUAUUGUGGCAACAGCCACAGUGGCUGUCAUCUAUACAACCAUAGGCGGUUUAAAGGCUGUUAUCUGGACGGAUGUGUUACAGCUCAUCAUCAUGAACAUCGGACUGCUUGCAGUAUCAAUAAAAGGAACUAUUGAUGGUGGAGGGAUAUGGAAGGUCUGGAAUCGAGCUGCGGAAUCAGGCAGGCUGGACUUCAGUCUGGAUCCUGACCCAACAGUGCGACACACAGUAUGGAACCUGUACUUUGGUCGAAUCCUCACAGGCUUUGGGUUUUUGUUUAGUCCUGCUGUAUUGCAAAGGAUUUCCGCGACAAAAUCUGUCAAAGAAUGCAGGAGAGCACUCCUGCUUACGAUCCCUGGAUUUACGACCUUGAUUGGCAUUGCCUUAGCUGAAGGAAUAGUGGCAUAUGGCUACUUCUACCACAAACGAUGCGAUCCUGUGGCGUCCAAACAAGUUGAAAAUCCAAAUCAGAUUAUUCCCUUUCUGAUCCUGGAACUGUUCCGGAAUCAGCCUGGUUUGCCAGGGCUGUUUUUGGCUGCCUUGGCCAGUGCAUCACUCAGCACUAUCUCCUCUUGUCUCUCAGCCGUGGCCAGUAUUAUUUGGUAUGAUCUUGUCAAACCGUGGAGGCCGAACACGUCAGAGAACAAAGGUGUCAUUGUUGCAAAGACGACAGUGGUGUUGGUUGGUGUUCUUGGUUGCCUUGCUGCGAUCCUUGUGUCAUUGGUUGGAGGUAGAACACUUAACCAGAUGAUAUAUACCUUCAAGUCUGCCACUGACCCUCCACUAGUGGCAAUGUUCUUUUUAGGAGCCUUUUUUCCUUUUGUCAAUACAAAGGGAGCCAUCACUGGGCUUGUGACUGGUGUUGGGUUUAUGCUGUGGCUGUGUGUUGGCUCCAUGUUCUCUGACAGUGGGGCACCGUCAUCCUACCUCCCCCCGGCACCAGUUGACCAAUGUCCAGGCUUCAACAUGUCCACAACAUCUUUCAACAACACAAUAGAACUCACGACCUUUGUAACCCAGACAGACAGAAGUAGCAGGAACAACACAAGAUCCGCCCUAGAUACACUGUACAACCUCUCCUAUACACUGUUCUAUUCUCUGGGCCUGAUACUCGUCCUUGUUGUUGGGAUUUGCGCAAGCUGGAUAACAGGUGGAAACAAGACCCCAGUUGAUCCCGAAUGUUUGAUCCACCUGGACGAUAUACACUGCAUACCGACCAGACUCCGACGGUAUUUGGCAGGAAGGGACACGGACAGGCAGAGCUUCACGUUGUCACCAUCAGCAAAUGCUGGGCGUCGGCAACUGCACCACGAGGGGGCACCACUAUCUAAGACAGAAACAAUAAAAUUUCUUGAUGGAAAUUAAGAACAUAUAUUUAAUAGUUUUGCUAUCCUCGAUGCUUUUAACAUAAUGUUUUGUUCUGGUUAGAUCCUUUUCUUUGACUAUGAUGCAUGCUAUCAUGACUAUUAUUCAGAGAUUAUCAUAUGAGCAUAUGUGUCGUACUGAUUUUACAAAACAAGUGUCUGAAGUCUUGUACUUACCGAGCGAGAGCGAGGGUAAUACAAGCUUUUUUACACGAGUUUCGUAAAAGCAGUAUGGCACACAUGCGAGUGUAGUUAUUUCUUUAUUAUCCAUAUACUAUUCUUUUUAAGCACCCCUUUAGAAAGAAAAGCACAGAUCACGAACGCCGUCUAAGAAAAUCAACUUUAGCUAUGACGUUACUAGUGUGACGUAAACAAUACUCGUGCACAUAAAGUGGUAUUUGCACUGAAAAACUUUUGGGUGUUGAUGAAAGAUAUGCACUAAGAAACACAGUUUCACACCAUCUCUGUGGACUUGUUGACAGAGCAUCUGUCCGGAGAGAGGAAGGUCGGUGGUUCGAUGCCCGGACGUGAUGUACCCAAAAUAGUUAAAAUAUGGUACUUAUUGCUAUCCUGCUUGGCGCUGGAUAUUAAGGCGUUUGAACAAUGACUGGUCGGCUCGAAGUAUACUGCGUCUUAGUGGGGUAUCCAUGUUAAACUGCGGCAUUGUAUUUCUGAGGGCUAGAACUAUCAAACCGGCAACUGUAUGGACUAGCACACACACACACACACACGCACGCACGCACGCACGCACGCACGCACGCACGCACGCACACACACACACACAAUGGUUUCUGAGUGAAAAUACAUCCACAUCACCAUUACUUAAGCAUUUGAAUAUGUAUUGGAAAAUCUAAAUUUGUUUGUAAAUAGGAACUUUGAUUUUUAAAUAGUAAUCGUUCUGUGUGCAGUUCUUACGUUUGACUCUAUGCCGAAAACAUACAGUGUGUAAUAUAUGUGUAUGUGUGUGUACAUGUAUGUGUGUAAUACUUAUACUGCUGCUGUGCCUAUGUUAUGAAGAGCCGUCGAGCGUCGAAAGAUGUGUGCUAAAGGAGGUUUGACAUCCGGACUCUUUUUUAUAUUUAAUGCUGAUACACAUGAAGACAUCACUUGUUUAUACACACACACACACACACACACACACACACACACACACACACACACACACACACACACACACACACACACACACACACACACACACACACACACACACACAUUGAUUGUUCUCGUUUUUGUAAGGGGCAGGAUUUGUCAACUUCCUUUGUAGAAGGAUUGGAUAUGAUUGAAAGUAUUUUCUUCUGUAUGAUAUAAAAAGUCAUUUAGCUUCGGGAAGUCAUGGGUCAUAUAUCGUACAAUAUCCAUCAAUGCAACUUAUAUUGUUUUCAUUAUUUACCAUCGAAGCCAUGCAUGUUUGUUCAUAUUGCAGUAUUUAAGUAAUAAUAAAAAACUAUUUUCUGCAGAAACAGAUUCCAUUGGGCGUAAAAGGUAAAAUAGUGAUAAAACUAAUAAGAACAGAUUUGCGUUAUUCAUAAUAUACUACGUUUUACAUACUACAUUCUCGAAUUUGCCAUUGAAAAGUGGUUCAACAUGUCUGUAUAAUGAGUAAUGUGUAACUUCACUUAAAAUCUAUUCAUGUACAUCUGACAAAUGUUAAUCUGCUAUCUGCACAUUAGUAUGGGUAUUGAUGCCUAAAUUACUGAAUAAACUGUCUGUGGGGAAGAUUUUGUUUUUAUAAUAUUUUUAGAAAACGAGCACAUUAACAUAAUUAACAGUGUCAUGCAAUCAUCAACUGGUGUAACAGUAAUGGCGUUAACAUUGCGGGUACUUUACAAAUUAACGUUAGACCAACUUAUAUAAGAUCUGUAUAUCAGUAUCUUUGGU